AAACCAAAAAUAUUUAAGAAAAAAAAUCUUUUUUUUAAAAGGAAAAUCGAAAAUGUUCGAUAGAAAAAGCCCCCUUGAAUAUAUCGAAUAAGUUCUAUUUUACCAUUCGAAUAUCUAAAAUGAAUAAAUUUUUCGUAACAAUUCGAAUUAUUCGAUAGUAAAUAUGUAAUAGUUCCCAUCAGUAGGUUUAAGUUGAAGUUUGUUUGUACUUUAAAAAAAAAAGUAUUUACAUUAAAUGGUGUCUCAAUAACACAUAAAAACAAAAAAUAUAAAAAUUAACCAAUUAAAAAUGAAAGUAUUAAGGUCAUACUCCAAAAAUUUGCAUUUUUCAAAAAAAAAUUUUUUACUGAAGAGAAAUUUUGGAGGAAAUCAGCAUAAUUCUAGUCACCUUAAAUCUCCAACUGAUGCGUCCAAAAAGUUUGAAAUCAACGAAAUAGUUUGGCCAAGGAAAGUCUUUUCCGGCAUUCAGCCAACUGGCGCAAUUCAUAUUGGUAACUAUCUUGGUGCAAUCAGGAAGUGGAAGGAACUGCAAGACCAAAAGGAGAGUGCAACAUUUUGCAUUGUAGAUUUGCACUCAAUAACAAUUCCCAUUGAAGCAUCUGCCCUUAGACAAAAUAUUUUGAAUCUAACUGCAACUAUGUUGGCUUGUGACCUUGACCCGAAGUUAUCAACAAUUUAUGUGCAAUCAACUGUAAAAGAACAUGCUGAGUUAAAUUGGAUUCUCAGUUGCUUGUCUACAAUGGCGCGUUUGGCUCAUUUACCACAAUAUAAAGAGAAAACCCAAAAAAUGAAAGAAAUCCCAUUGGGUCUUUUUGUUUAUCCAGUACUUCAAGCAGCAGAUAUCAUGCUUUUCAAAGCAACGCAUGUUCCAGUAGGUGAAGACCAAGUCCAGCAUAUACAGUUAUGUCAACAUUUGGCGAAAUCAUUUAAUUUCAAAUAUGGUACAACGUUUCCCUAUUGUCAUGCAUUAAUCGAUAAUCGACAAGCAUCUCGAAUACUUUCUCUUCGUAGUCUUGACAAAAAGAUGUCAAAAUCAGAUCCAGAUCAGAAGGGAUCAAUAUAUUUAACGGACAGUUCAGAUCAAAUUUUGCGAAAAAUUAAAAAAGCUGUUACAGAUUUUACUUCAGAAGUAACGUUUGACAUAGAAAAUCGUCCAGGCGUAAGCAAUCUUUUAACAAUACAUUCGCUUAUGACGGGAAAAUCUAUAGAAGAUAUUUGUGCUGAAGUUAAAUUUUUAGAUACUGGAAAAUAUAAAUUUCAAGUGGCCGAAGCAAUAAUAGAGCAUUUAAGUCCAAUUCGAAAUAAAAUAGAAUAUUAUUUAAAAAAUAAGGAGUAUUUAAUAUGUUGCUUGGAAGAAGGAAGAGAAAAAGCAAGUACUAUAGCUGAGCAAACUAUGACAGAAGUAAAAAAUAAAAUUGGUUUAGGACCUAGUGGUGAAUAUGGUAUUCCAGAAGCAUUGAUGAAUCAAUUAUAAUAUAAAAUGCAUGUACAAUUUAUAUAUGUAUAUAAUAUGUAUUUCGACAACCAAUUAAUUUUUUAAAUGAAUGUACGUACAUUUGCCUGUGCAUGCAUAAGUAUGUACAUGUCUACGCAGCAUAUUCAAUAUAUUAAUUUAGAAAAUUAUAAAUUAAAGUUAUAAACCCAAUGCCAUUUCAUUUUUCAAAAUUUUUUUAAUACAAAAUCUUAAGUCAGAAAUUACAUGCCAAUCAAAGAUUGAGAUUGAUGAAGAUUGACCAUGCGUCAUCGUCAAUCAACUAUUUUGAUCACACUUUGGUUGACGGAAAAGUAGAAAUAUUUUAUAUUUUCGUCAAUCGCUUUUGACAAUAAUAAAAUAAAAGCGAAAAAAUAGAGUUGAAUAUGUCAACUGUGUGAUACCCUAUGUGCGAAUUAAUAUAUCAUAGCUGACUAUGUGACAGACUAUAACUUUAAGUUACCAUAUUCAUUUAUGCAAAAUUUCAGCAUUGUGUUUUCAAUAUUUUCUAAAAUAUGGCCAAACCAUUGUAGUUGUAGGGCAGCUACUAGAAAGAGGCAAGCGAUUUCAAUGAAUUUUAGCAAACACAUUGGCCCAACUAAUAUAUUCGCUUUUGUGAAAUUUCAAUAUCAUAGCAUUCAAUCAAAUUGAAAUUUCAAUUUAUAGUUUCUGAGAUAUAGCCAAAUAACUUUUGAAGUUGCAUGGCAGUUACCCGAACCAGUGCCCCGCUUAUAUCGAAUUUCAAUAGGGUUCUGGUAUUUACUACAAUAAAUCAUUUGUAAAAAUUUGGUAAACUUAGCUGAAUUAGUUUUUGAGUUACCGUUGGGACGGACGGACGGACAUACAAAGCUAAAUCGACUGAGAAUUCGACACUGAUCAAAAACACAUUUGAGUCUUUAUCUAAGACCAUAAUUUCUUAGCAUUUGAAACGGUAGGCCAAAUUAAGCAUUCCCUUCGAACAUACGUUCGUACGGGUAUGAAAAUGGCGUAAAUAUAAGUUGUUGAAUAAAAUGUACCGUAAUCAGCUGUUUUAAUUUUUUCUUUGCAAUUUACCAUUUGACAGUGGAAUUGUAGUUUUAGAUUUUUGAAUUUAAAAUGUAAACGUAAAUAUUCAAUCAUGAUUGUUAUUUAAGCACAUGGAUCUAAUAAUACGUUGUAUACAACUUGCAAAUAAUAAUUUUUGAAGCCAACAUCAAAUAUGAAUAUACGUUAGUUAGAAAUUUAUGUGAGUUAUUUCUUCAGCAAAAAAUUUAUAAUUUUUCAACAAUACACAUAUGUAUAUGCAAUAAUAUUUUAUUUUAAACAUAUACAAUAUUAUUUUUUCAAAAUUAAUACUUAGUAUUUUUAAUAAUAAUUACUUUCAGCUGUCAUGAAUUCCACUCUUAGAACCCUUCGAAUUACGAACAUAACUACGACGUAGGCUUUUGAAUGAUCACAAAUUCCUUUCGUAGAGAUUAUAAACCACCAAUGGCAGUAUAGGUUUUCGGGUUGCCAAAAUCAGUAUUUUAUUUCAACUAUCAAAUGUAUAUUCCUCCUUUUUUUUCUAUUUCAGUGAACAACUUUCUACAAAAGGAUAUUGUCUAAAAUAUUCAGGUAAUAGAACUUUUUGUUUAAAUAUUCUUUUGUAAGAAAGUUGCAUUUUCUUUUUGAAUAUUUUUGAAAACUCGGCAAAUAAAAUUUUUGGUAAUAGCAAUUCAUUUCCUUUCAUUAUAGCUGUGUUAGAGUAACUCAAACUCAAACAAAAAAAUUCAAAAUUUAAUAAUUUAAUAUAAUUUUAAAUUCCUUUUUACGAUUGUUUAUUUCUUUCAUAGGUUGUUGAAGGUAACGUAAUUUAUGAUUUCUCCAUUACGAAUAUUCAGAGCAGAAUUUUAAUAAUUCGUAAUUGAUAAUAUGAUAUUCGUAAUUUUCCGAAUUGCAAUUCUACGAAUGAAACUCGGAAAAUUACGAAUAUAAGCAAUAAUAUUAUUAAUAUACACACAUAAGCAAUAAUAUUCGGAACGAAUUGUCAUUGUAGUUAAAUAUUUUUUAAAUAUUUGUAUAAUUAACAGGUAGAAUUUAAGAAAUGAAAUAUAUGUAUAACAAUAGACAACUUCAAAAUUAUGGAAAGCAAAAUAUUGAA